AGUUCGCUGGCGAAGAUGGCGACGGAGGGGCAGAGUGAAGGGAAGGUGCCAGGCAGCGACUCCGGCCGGAGUGAUGCCAUCUGCAGUUUUAUUAUCUGCCAUGAUUCUUCCCUUCGAGGUCAGCCCAUUAUCUUCAAUCCUGACUUUUUUGUGGAGAAACUUCGACAUGAAAAACCUGAGGCGUUCACUGAGUUGGUGGUCAGCAAUAUCACAAGGCUUAUUGAUUUACCUGGAACUGAGCUGGCUCAGCUGAUGGGGGAAGUGGACCUUAAGUUGCCUGGUGGGGCUGGCCCUGCAUCAGGAUUCUUCCGGUCUCUAAUGUCUCUCAAGCGAAAGGAAAAAGGAGUGGUAUUUGGAUCACCACUGACAGAGGAAGGCAUUGCCCAGAUAUACCAACUGAUUGAAUAUCUACACAAAAAAGACUUGCGAGUGGAGGGUUUGUUUAGAGUACCAGGGAAUAGUGUCCGACAGCAGAUUUUGAGGGAUGCUCUCAAUAAUGGAACUGAUAUUGACUUGGAGUCAGGGGAGUUUCACUCAAAUGAUGUUGCCACUUUGCUGAAGAUGUUUCUAGGAGAGUUACCGGAGCCCCUGCUGACACACAAACAUUUCCAUGCACACCUCAAAAUUGCUGAUUUGAUGCAGUUUGAUGGUAAAGGAAAUAAGACCAAUAUACCAGAUAAGGAGCGGCAAAUUGAGGCUCUUCAGUUGCUCUUCCUCAUUCUCCCUCCACCCAAUCGUAACUUGCUGAAGUUAUUGCUUGAUCUUCUGUACCAGACAGCAAAGAAACAGGACAAGAAUAAGAUGUCUGCCUAUAACCUCGCCCUUAUGUUUGCACCCCAUGUUCUGUGGCCAAAAAAUGUCACUGCAAAUGACCUUCAGGAGAAUAUCACAAAGUUAAACAAUGGGAUGGCUUUUAUGAUUAAACACUCCCAGAAACUUUUUAAGGCUCCUGCUUAUAUUCGGGAAUGUGCUAGAUUGCAUUAUGUGGGCUCCAGAACUCAUGCAUCGAAGGAUGACCUUGAUCUGACGGCUUCGUGUCAUAAUAAGUCCUCCCAGCUAGCAAAAUCUCAGAAACGGAACCUGGUAGAUUCCGGCUGUCAUCAGGAGGAGACCCAGCAGCGUACGGAAGAGGCACUAAGAGAGCUGUUCCAACACGUUCACAAUAUGCCAGAGUCAGCAAAGAAGAAGCAGCUUAUUAGACAGUUUAAUAAGCAAUCUUUGACCCAAACACCUGGGCGAGAACCAUCUACUUCCCGGGUACAGAAGAGGGCCCGUUCACGCUCCUUUAGUGGCCUUAUUAAGCGGAAGGUCCUGGGAAAUCAGGUGAUGUCCGAAAAGAAAAACAAGUACCCUACUCCAGAAUCUGUGGCCACUGGUGAAUUACAGAGAGCCAGAAAAGAAAAUAUGAAUUUAUUAUUUUCUGGCUCUCCAGCUGUCACGAUGACACCAACGAAAUUGAAAUGGUCUGAGGGGAAGAAAGAAGGGAAAAAAGGAUUCCUCUGAAGGAUCCGAGUUCUCCUGUCGUCCACCCAGUAUUUUCUUUAUAGUGGACAGUGAAGCUUGGACUUGCAGCUUGCUUGCUGCAUUUUGAAUUGUGAAAGCCAACUAAUACCGUGACCUGACUGAUACCUCUAAUCCUACUCACUGGAUGAUGUUUGCCAGCUGUGCCUUCUGAGAGAGUACCUAGCACUCUCUCUCUCUCUUUUUUAAUGUUAUGGGAAAACCACUAACCAGCCAACCAGCUUAUAUAGCACAGUAUAGUAAAUGGGCAGAACCAGAUGGGCUCCAGUGCUCAUUCAAUGUGUUUAGGCAGAUUCUGGUUUUUAAAAAUAUGAAAUUUGUGAUCAACUGCCAGUGAUAUUUUUUUUAAAGUACUGUCAAUGUUACUGGGUUGAUGUUAUUUUUAAUUGAUAUUUUGGGCUUUUUUGUUUUGAUAGUGUUGGUAGGUAUUUGUUUGUUGUUUUUUGAUUGUUUGCUGUUUAUUUCUUUGUUUUAAAAGCCUUGUUUUUGAAUUGGUAAUCUAAACGGGCUGUAAGCUACAUGCCUUUCACCCUUUUUUACCUUGAGCUUUGAGAAAGCUCUUUAUCUCAUGACGCUGUAUUCCUCAAUACCUUAUUUGUAUCCAAAGAAUUUAUAGCUUCCCUUGAAAUUUUGUAUUAUUUCUUGGGCUUGAGAUCUCAGGGUGUAUGACCUGCAGUACUGAAAAAGGAAAAUUCAGAACGAUACAAUAUUUUAACAAAUUUCAGUUAUUAAAUUGUGUUUUCUCUCUCCUUCCUUUCCUUCUUCCCUUCUCUAUCCCUCCUUUUCUUCCCCUUUCCUCAGUGAUGUGAAAAUAAUUGUGUGGUUGCUG